ACCCCUUCCUCCUCCCUCUCCCUCUUCCCUCUCCCUCUCUCCCUCUCUCUCUGGGCUGCUGCCUGCCAGCUUUCCUUCUGGGGCAGCAGAGUGGAGCUGCCUGGCGUGGUCCCCGCAGGGGCUGCUGAAUGAAGCAGAGUCCGAGGGAGGAGGAGGAGCAGCAGCAGCAGCAGCAGGAAGAGCAGGAGGGAGAAGAAGAGGAAGAAGAAAGAGAGCGGGACCGGGAGAGCCAUGCCGCCUGCCUCCCGCCUCCUCAACCUGCUCCUGCUGGCCCUGCUGGCCGGGCUGGACCCUUCCAAGACUCAAAUUAGUCCCAAAGAAGGAUGGCAAGUCUAUAGUUCAGCCCAAGACCCAGAUGGGCGAUGCAUUUGCACUGUGGUGGCUCCAGAGCAAAACCUCUGCUCCAGAGAUGCCAAAAGCCGGCAACUUAGACAACUGCUAGAGAAGGUUCAGAAUAUGUCCCAGUCCAUUGAAGUUUUAAACCUACGGACUCAGAGGGAUUUCCAGUAUGUUUUAAGGAUGGAAACACAAAUGAAAGGGCUGAAGGCCAAGUUCCGGCAAAUCGAAGAUGACCGGAAGACUUUAAUGACUAAGCAUUUUCAAGAACUGAAGGAAAAGAUGGAUGAGCUCUUGCCACUGAUCCCAGUCCUGGAACAGUACAAAACUGAUGCCAAGUUAAUCACUCAGUUCAAAGAGGAAAUUAGAAAUCUGUCUUCAGUUCUUACGGGGAUCCAAGAGGAAAUUGGUGCCUAUGAUUAUGAGGAACUGCAUCAGCGAGUGCUCAGUUUAGAAACCAGGCUUCGGGACUGCAUGAAGAAACUGACAUGUGGGAAGCUGAUGAAAAUCACUGGUCCCAUUACUGUCAAGACAUCUGGAACCCGGUUUGGUGCUUGGAUGACAGAUCCAUUAGCAUCGGAGAAAAACAACAGAGUCUGGUACAUGGACAGUUACACCAACAACAAAAUUGUCCGUGAAUACAAAUCAAUAGCAGACUUUGUUAGUGGUGCAGAAUCAAGGACAUACAAUCUCCCUUUCAAAUGGGCAGGAACCAACCACGUCGUCUACAAUGGGUCUCUCUACUUCAACAAAUACCAGAGUAACAUCAUCAUCAAGUACAGCUUUGAUACCGGGCGGGUGCUUGCUCAACGUAGCCUGGAAUAUGCAGGCUUUCACAAUGUCUACCCUUAUACAUGGGGUGGUUUUUCAGAUAUUGACCUGAUGGCAGAUGAAAUUGGUUUGUGGGCUGUUUACGCAACCAACCAGAAUGCUGGUAACAUUGUCAUCAGUCAGCUGAAUCAGGACACAUUAGAAGUGAUGAAAAGCUGGAGUACAGGAUAUCCAAAGAGAAGUGCUGGAGAAUCCUUCAUGAUCUGUGGUACCUUGUAUGUCACCAAUUCUCACUUAACUGGAGCCAAGGUCUACUACUCAUAUUCCACGAAAACCUCGACAUAUGAAUAUACAGAUAUACCCUUUCAUAAUCAGUAUUUUCAUAUAUCUAUGCUUGACUACAAUGCCAGAGAUAGAGCUCUCUAUGCCUGGAAUAACGGACACCAAGUCCUCUUCAACGUCACUCUUUUCCACAUAAUUAAGACAGAAGAUGACACAUAAACUAUGAUCCAGUGCUGAUUCUGGCCACCCAAAAGCAGUUCAUUUGUGCUGAACUCAAAAGCAUCCUGCUGGGUUUCUUUUCAGUUCUUUAUUCCAGUAAGAAUUAAGAAAGAAAGCUUUUUCUACAGUAUAAUGUAUUCCAAAUAUGGUGGAGCCUUUCUUUUAAAUGACCUGGUUGGAAUUACAGGUAUCUUUCUUAACUCUACACAAGGCCUGCCAUGAGUUUGUCAUGGAAAGCACUAAAGUUGAUUUCAGUGGCUAAAGACAUUGUUUAACAAAAAAAAAAAAGUUUAAUGAUCUGCCUUAUAUUAGAAUCAGAGACUAAUGGUGGCUUAAAUGCAUGAAUGUCUUUUUCUACCAUGUAUCAUUUUUUAAAAAAAGAAAAAUCUGUCUAAUAGCUCAACAUCAAAAUUUAUUUGGACAUUGAUCUAUCAGAAUGCGCAUCCAUACUCUUUUAUUUGUGUUUUUCAAAAACACUAUUCCAAAGUCAAAUAAUUUAAAAUUUGAUUGUUCUAAGGGUGGGGAGAACAAGUCAAUUCCAUCGGCUCUUACACAAUUUCAAAUGCGGUGCUGUACAGUCUGUUUUUAAACCUCUUGCAAGCAAGUUCUCAAUGAUAUGUAUUUAUACCAUUGUGUCCACCAUUGUGCAAUUGUAUCUCUUCACUUCUGUGAAAGUCAACUAUUUUUUAUAAAAUAUAAUUGAAGUUUAA